AUGGGCAUGCUAGAAGAUAAAUAUAUUGGCCUAGGGCUGGCUAUCUCGUCAUCUCUAGCCAUUGGUACAUCAUUUAUUAUUACGAAAAAAGGACUUAUUUCUGCAUCUUCAAAUCAUGGUUUCGAUGGCGAUGGCUAUCAAUAUCUAAAGAAUCCAGUUUGGUGGGCUGGUAUGCUAACAAUGGUAGUUGGCGAAGUAGCCAACUUUGCAGCCUAUACCUUUGCCCCCGCUAUUCUAGUGACACCUUUAGGCGCUCUGUCAGUUAUCAUUGGUGCAGUCUUAGCCGCUAUAUUUUUAAAAGAAGAGCUAGGUAUAUUAGGAAAGCUAGGCUGUGCUAUUUGUUUGAUUGGCUCUCUUAUCAUCGUUUUGCAUGCUCCUCCAGACAAGGAUAUUCAAACUGUUGAUGAGAUUCUAAAUUAUGCUGUACAGCCAGGAUUCCUCUUUUACGUAACCAGCGUAGGGGUGUUUACAUUGGUGAUGAUAUACAAAGUGGCCCCCAAAUAUGGUAGAAGAAAUCCAAUGGUAUAUGUUUCUAUUUGCUCUACAGUAGGAUCUGUGUCAGUGAUGUCGAUUAAAGGAUUUGGUAUCGCCGUUAAGCUAACUCUUCAAGGCAAUAAUCAAUUCACGCAUCCUUCAACCUACGUCUUUGCCAUUGUCGUUGGACUGUGUAUUGUUACUCAGAUGAACUACUUUAACAAGGCACUUGAUCAGUUCGAUACGUCCAUUGUCAAUCCUCUUUAUUAUGUGACUUUUACGACGGCCACAUUGUGUGCCUCGUUUAUUCUUUUCAAAGGGUUCAACACUUCGAAUGCAGUAAAUACUAUCUCACUUAUUUGCGGAUUUCUUAUCAUUUUCAGUGGUGUCUACCUUCUCAAUGUCAGCAGAUCUGAUGGUGAUGGCAACCAGUUAAUGGCUCUCAAGUCAGUUGAGGGUAUGCCGAUGGAGAAUACGAUUGCUGGAAUUCAGACUAGGCGAAGCAUACAAAUGCAUCGUCGUAGUGGCUCAUUUCGCAACUACGACGACGAAGAAGCCUUUGGACUCACAGCUCUUGACGAAGAGUUCACUAGCGAUUUAGAUGAUGAUGCUCGUUCUCUAAAUGCCCACAAUUCCAAUUCUACGGGAAGGCAUGAACCAAAAAAUCGCACAUCCUCGGGCCAGAGUGAACGGUUAUUACGGUUUGCUUCACGGGACAAUGUUGCGUAA